AUGGCUACGAACUAUAUCCGAAGGCUUACGCUCACGGGUGCAACCCGUCUCCCAAGCCGAAAUCUUGUCCCAACAUGCCGACAAUUUGCGAAAUCUCGGAGUCUGCGGUAUGCAUCUGAUACUGGUGCAGCGAGUGCCGGAGGCGCUGCGGCGCCCGCAGCAACAACCACAACGGCGGCAGCUGAGGCAGCUAAAGAGGUUCCCAAGAAAUCCGGACGCGGGCUGCGAAGAACUGUUCUGGGGACGUCGUUGGCGCUGACGCUGUUGUUUGGGUGGGUGUAUGGGUCAGAUACGCGCGCGAGUAUUCAUCGUUACGGGGCUGUGCAGUUUAUCAGGACGUUGUUUCCUGAUGCUGAGGAUGCGCAUCACAUUGGUGUUGAUGCCUUGAGGAUAUCAUAUAAAUAUGGAUUACAUCCACGGGAGCGUGGUGAUCCUGAUGGCGAUGGAGCUUUGGAGACUGAGGUCUUUGGAUACAAGCUGUCAAACCCUAUCGGUAUCUCAGGCGGGCUUGAUAAGCAUGCCGAAAUCCCCGACCCGCUGUUCGCGGUCGGUCCCGCUAUCGUGGAAGUUGGAGGCACCACCCCUUUGCCACAGGACGGUAACCCACGCCCUCGAGUAUUCCGACUGCCUUCACAGAAUGCUAUGAUCAACCGGUACGGCCUUAACUCUAAGGGCGCCGAUCACAUGGCGGCUAUUCUGGAGCAAAGAGUUCGCGAUUACGCUUACAAUAAUGGGUUCGGGCUACAUGAUACAGCUGAGCAGCGUGUUCUAAACGGUGAGGCUCAGGUACCUCCAGGUAGUCUUCAGGCUGGGAAGCUUCUCGCUGUCCAAGUGGCCAAGAACAAGGCUACGCCGGAUGCUGAUAUCGAGGCCGUCAAACGCGACUAUGUGUAUUGCGUGGACCGUGUGGCCAAAUAUGCUGAUAUUCUUGUUGUGAAUGUGUCAAGCCCCAACACACCCGGUCUUCGUGAUUUGCAAGCUACCGCUCCGCUCACAGCAAUCCUCAAGGCUGUCGUGGGAGCUGCAAAGAGCGUUGAUCGCAAGACCAAACCAUAUGUUAUGGUCAAGGUCAGUCCGGAUGAGGACUCAGACGAACAAGUCUCCGGAAUUUGUGACGCUGUUCGAGGCUCCGAUGUCGACGGUGUAAUUGUCGGAAAUACAACGAACCGCCGCCCAGACCCUCUACCCCAAGGUUACACGCUUCCGUCAAAAGAACAGGCAACACUUAAAGAGACUGGUGGAUAUUCCGGCCCACAGCUGUUCGACCGUACGGUGGCCCUUGUGGCUCGGUACCGGGCGAUGCUGGAUGCGAUCCAGGAUGAUUCGGAAAACGCCGGAAUUGCCAAGAAAUUGGCAGCGACUACUACGCGAGCCGAGCCUGACUCGGAAAACGUUCCUUCCGUGGAGGCACCAAGUGGGCUACAGCGCAAGGUUAUUUUCGCUUCUGGAGGCAUCACCAACGGUAAGCAGGCUCGAGCUGCCUUGGACGCAGGGGCCUCUGUUGCCAUGAUGUACACGGGUGUUGUCUAUGGUGGAGUUGGAACUGUCACUCGAGUGAAACAGGAACUGCGGGAGGAAACGAGGUAA